AUGUGGAGUGCUUUAUCGCAGGGAUUUUCGGCAGUCAGAGAGAUCUGCAAUAUCUAUGCUUUCCCCGUUGUCUCGGUAGAAUUGUCCUUUGACAAGUUCACGUGGCAUGCGAAGACUCGUGUAUCUCAUCGCCACGAUUCAAGGCUGAAUAAAGAUGACCAAUUUGCUUUUCUAUUCGCUCAAAACAGUGACAUCUCGGUCGGCGGUCUCGAACAGAAUCGGCCACCCACACUAUUUGAUAGUGUCAACGGUAGUGUCUUGUUGUGCUCAACUCCCGAGUUCCUGGUACAAGCUAACCAAAUCGGUAUGGCCGGAGAUAUGGAAGAAAAGGGACAAUCGUUACUUACAUGA